AUGUUGCUGAAAAUGGAGAGAACAAAGACUGCUAUACUGGUGCUCCUUGCUGCAUUUUUAGCUUUGAUAUCAAAGUCAAACAGUCAAUAUAGACCCACCCCUGCACUUCCUUUCCCGAGCUUUCCAGCCCUCCGUCCGCUGUGCCUUUCCCAGUUCGCGCUUGUUAACCAUGCAUGUUCUAUGCUUCCGUAUACUCCGGUACCACCUCCUGCUCCACCUUCUCCUCCUAGUUCACCUGCAAUUGCUCAACCCCCUUGCCCCCCGAGAAAUAGUCAUCGGCAUGGACACCACCACAGGCAUAGGCAUACAACAAGUACCCAUGUCAACGCUGCAGUAGAAGAAUGUUGCCGCUGGUUGAAAGAAGUUGACACUCAAUGUGUCUGUGAUUUGCUCGUUCGUUUGCCUAUUUUCCUGGCUAAGCCUGCGCAUGACUUUACGGUUGCUGUCAGUGAUGAUUGUAGUGUCACCUACCAAUGUCCAGGCAGGGUAAUGACUUGAGAGCUCAACUUUGAUUCUAAGGUGAUAGGGUAAUGUAGGCUAAGGAGGAGGGUCUUGUAUUUGGUUAUGUUGCUUUUUUAAAUAAUAGCUGUUUGCAUAUGAUGCUUUCUUUUGUGUGUACUUUCCAAAUAAUACUAGCUCUUUGCAGAUAGUAAUUUCCUUCACGCUAUAUUUUCUUAUACCUAUAUGCGUA